AUGGUGCAAAAGAAGAAGUCCUGUCCUCGGUUACUUGACUACCUAGUGAUCGUAGGGGCCAGGCACCCGAGCAGUGACAGUGUGGCCCAGACUCCGGAACUGCUACGGCGGUACCCGCUAGAGGACCAUGCGGAGUUUCCCCUGCCCCCGGAUGUUGUGUUCUUCUGCCAGCCAGAGGGCUGCCUCAGCGUGCGGCAGCGGCGCAUGACCCUGCGGGAUGACACCUCUUUUGUCUUCACCCUUACGGACAAGGACACUGGUGUCACCCGUUAUGGCAUCUGCGUCAACUUCUACCGCUCCUUCCAAAAGCGUGUGCCUAAGGAAAAGGGGGAGGCUGGGCCAGGGUCCCGGGGGAAGGAAGGGCCCCGAGCCCCCUGCGCCUCCGAGGAGGUGGGCCCCGAGACCUCGGAGAGCGGCCCGUCCCUGCAGCCGCCCAGUGUCGACUCCACCCCGGACGUGAGCCAGUCUCCACGGGCCAGACGCCGGGCCAAGGCAGGGAGCCGGUCCCGCAACAGCACGCUGACGUCCCUGUGCGUGCUCAGCCACUACCCCUUCUUCUCCACCUUCCGCGAGUGUCUGUACACCCUCAAGCGUCUGGUGGACUGCUGCAGUGAGCGCCUGCUGGGCAAGAAACUGGGCCUCCCGCGAGGCAUACAGAGGGACACCAUGUGGCGCAUCUUUACUGGAUCGUUGUUAGUGGAGGAGAAGUCAAGUGCCCUGCUGCACGACCUCCGGGAGAUUGAGGCCUGGAUCUACCGAUUGCUGCACUCCCCGGUACCCGUCUCGGGGCAGAAGCGAGUGGACAUCGAGGUCCUGCCCCAGGAGCUCCAGCAGGCUCUAACCUUUGCUCUCCCAGACCCCUCUCGAUUCACCCUAGUGGACUUCCCGCUACACCUCCCCCUGGAACUUCUGGGUGUAGACGCCUGUCUCCAGGUGCUCACCUGCAUCCUGUUAGAGCACAAGGUUGUGCUCCAGUCCCGAGACUACAACGCACUCUCCAUGUCCGUGAUGGCGUUUGUGGCAAUGAUCUACCCCUUGGAGUAUAUGUUUCCUGUUAUCCCACUGCUGCCCACCUGCAUGGCAUCGGCAGAACAGCUGCUGUUGGCUCCAACACCGUACAUCAUCGGGGUCCCUGCCAGCUUCUUCCUCUACAAACUGGACUUCAAAAUGCCUGAUGAUGUGUGGCUAGUAGAUCUGGACAGCAAUAGGGUGAUUGCCCCCACCAAUGCAGAAGUGCUGCCUAUCCUGCCAGAACCGGAAUCGUUAGAGUUGAAGAAGCAUUUGAAGCAGGCCCUCGCCAGCAUGAGUCUCAACACCCAACCCAUCCUCAAUCUGGAGAAAUUCCAUGAGGGCCAGGAGAUCCCCCUUCUCCUGGGGAGGCCUUCUAAUGACCUUCAGUCCACACCUUCCACCGAGUUCAACCCACUCAUCUACGGCAAUGAUGUGGAUUCGGUGGAUGUCGCAACCAGAGUGGCCAUGGUCCGUUUCUUCAACUCCCCCAACGUGCUGCAGGGCUUUCAGAUGCACACACGCACCCUGCGUCUCUUCCCCCGGCCUGUGGUGGCUUUCCAAGCCGGCUCCUUUCUAGCCUCACGCCCCCGGCAGACUCCUUUUGCUGAGAAACUGGCCAGGACUCAGGCCGUGGAGUACUUUGGAGAGUGGAUCCUGAACCCCACCAACUACGCCUUCCAGCGGAUUCACAACAACAUGUUCGAUCCAGCCCUGAUUGGUGACAAGCCCAAGUGGUACGCCCACCAACUGCAGCCCAUCCACUAUCGAGUAUAUGACAGCGGUUCCCAGCUGGCUGAGGCGCUGAGCGUGCCGCCUGAGCGAGACUCUGACUCUGACCCCACUGACGACAGCGGGAGCGACAGCGUGGACUAUGAGGACUCAAGCUCUUCUUACUCUUCCCUCGGAGACUUUGUCAGCGAGAUGAUGAAAUGCGACAUUAACGGUGACACUCCUAACGUGGACCCUCUGACACACGCCGCGCUGGGGGAUGCCAGCGAGGUGGCGAUUGAUGAGCUGCAGAAUCAGAAGGAGGCAGAGGAGCCCGGCCUGGACGGCGAGAACUCUCAGGAAAACCCACCCCUGCGCUCCAGCUCCAGCACCACUGCCAGCAGUAGCCCCAGUACCAUCAUCCACGGCGCCAGCUCUGAACCUGCCGGCUCAGCGGAGACAGAUGAGAAGGCGGCAGGAGGCGUCCUCAAGUCCCUGCCCACCGUGCCUCCUGGCGUGGGCAAGUGCAGCGCGGACAGCCGUCAGACAGAACCCGGAGAGGGGUGGGUGCGCCGGCGAGCCUCUGACAGUCCGAGCCUGCAGCCCCAGUUUGGCUCUCCCCCAGAGGAGGACGACGAGCCGGGGGAGAGUUACGCCCCCCGAUUCAGCCAGCACACCAGUGGCCAGCGGGCUCAAAAGCUGCUGCGGCCCAACAGCUUGAAACUGGCAAGUGACUCAGACGCAGAGUCGGACUCUCGAGCGAGCUCGCCCACCUCCACUGUCUCCAACAACAGCACGGAAGGCUUUGGGGGCAUCAUGUCUUUCGCCAGCAGCCUGUAUCGGAACCACAGCACCAGCUUCAGCCUCUCAAACCUCACGCUGCCCACCAAAGGAGCCCGAGAGAAGAGCACACCCUUCCCCAGUCUGAAAGUAUUUGGGCUAAAUACUCUAAUGGAGAUUGUUACUGAAGCCGGCCCCGGGAGUGGUGAAGGAAACAGGCGGGCCUUAGUGGACCAGAAAUCAUCAGUCAUUAAACACAGCCCAACCGUGAAAAGAGAGCCUCCGUCACCUCAGGGUCGAUCCAGCAAUUCUAGUGAGAACCAGCAGUUCCUGAAGGAGGUGGUGCACAGCGUGCUGGACGGCCAGGGCGUCGGCUGGCUCAACAUGAAGAAGGUGCGGCGGCUGCUGGAGAGCGAGCAGCUGCGCGUCUUCGUCCUGAGCAAGCUGAGCCGCGCGGUGCAGUCCGAGGACGAGGCCCGGCAGGACGUCAUCCCGGACGUGGAGAUCAGCCGGAAGGUGUACAAGGGCAUGUUGGACCUGCUGAAGUGCACGGUCCUCAGUCUGGAGCAGUCCUUCGCCCACGCCGGCCUCGGUGGCAUGGCCAGCAUCUUCGGGCUUCUGGAGAUCGCCCAGACCCACUACUACAGUAAAGAACCAGACAAGCGGAAGAGAAGUCCCACAGAGAGCAUCAGUACACCGGUUGGCAAGGAUCCUGGCCUGGCUGGGCGGGGGGACCCAAAGGCCAUGGCUCAGCUGAGGGUCCCCCAGCUGGGACCUCGGGCACCAAGUGCCCCAGGAAGGAGUCCCAAGGAGCUGGACACCAGAAGCCUAAAGGAAGAGAACUUUGUGGCAUCUAUUGAAUUGUGGAGCAAGCACCAGGAAGUGAAAAAGCAAAAAGCUUUGGAAAAACAGAGGCCUGACGUAAUCAAACCCACCUUUGACCUUGGUGAGACCGACGAGAAAAAGUCCCAGGUCAGCGCAGACAGUGGUGUGAGCCUGACAUCGGGUUCCCAGAGGACUGAUCCAGACUCUGUCAUCUGUGUGAGUCCCGCCGUGAUGAUCCGAAGCUCAAGUCAGGACUCUGAAGUUAGCACCGUGGUGAGCAACAGCUCCGGAGAGACCCUGGGAGCAGACAGCGACCUCAGUAGCAGCGCGGGCGAUGGCCCAGGCGGCGAGGGCAGCACCCACUUGGCAGGCUCUCGGGGCACCUUGUCUGACAGUGAGAUCGAGACCAGCCCUGCCACCAGCGCUAUCUUUGGUAAAGCCCAUAGCUUGAAGCCAAGUGUAAAGGAGAAGCUGGUGGGCAGCCCAGUUCGCUCUUCUGAAGAUGUCAGCCAGCGAGUCUACCUCUACGAGGGACUCCUAGGAAGGGACAAAGGAUCGAUGUGGGACCAGUUAGAGGACGCUGCUAUGGAGACCUUUUCUAUAAGCAAAGAGCGUUCUACUUUAUGGGACCAAAUGCAGUUCUGGGAAGACGCGUUCUUAGAUGCUGUGAUGUUGGAGAGAGAAGGAAUGGGCAUGGACCAGGGUCCCCAGGAAAUGAUAGACAGGUAUCUGUCCCUGGGAGAACACGACCGGAAGCGCCUGGAGGACGAUGAAGACCGUUUGCUGGCCACACUCUUGCACAACCUCAUCUCGUACAUGCUUCUGAUGAAGGUAAAUAAGAAUGACAUCCGGAAGAAGGUGAGGCGCCUGAUGGGAAAGUCCCAUAUUGGACUUGUGUAUAGUCAGCAAAUCAAUGAAGUCCUUGACCAGCUGGCCAACCUGAAUGGACGAGAUCUCUCCAUCCGGUCCAGUGGCAGCCGGCACAUGAAGAAGCAGACAUUCGUGGUACAUGCAGGGACAGACACAAAUGGAGAUAUCUUUUUCAUGGAGGUGUGUGACGACUGCGUGGUGCUGCGCAGUAACAUCGGGACGGUGUACGAGCGCUGGUGGUACGAGAAGCUCAUCAACAUGACCUACUGCCCCAAGACCAAGGUGCUGUGCUUGUGGCGCAGAAACGGCUCGGAGACCCAGCUCAACAAGUUCUACACGAAGAAGUGUCGGGAGUUGUACUACUGCGUGAAGGACAGCAUGGAGCGCGCCGCCGCCCGCCAGCAGAGCAUCAAGCCGGGGCCGGAGCUGGGUGGCGAGUUCCCCGUGCAGGACUUGAAGACCGGUGAGGGUGGCUUGCUGCAGGUCACCCUCGAAGGGAUCAACCUCAAGUUCAUGCACAACCAGGAGCGGAAGGUUUUCAUAGAGCUGAAUCACAUUAAAAAGUGCAAUACAGUCCGAGGCGUCUUUGUCCUGGAGGAAUUUGUUCCUGAAAUUAAAGAAGUGGUGAGCCACAAGUACAAGACGCCAAUGGCCCAUGAGAUCUGCUACUCUGUGCUGUGUCUCUUCUCGUACGUGGCUGCGGCCCGCAGCAGCGAGGCGGACCUCCGGAGCCCGCCCCGGCCCGUCUCCAGCUGA